UAAAGAUGUGAUCUUCGUGACGAGGGGAUGGGCUGGAACAUCAUGAAGAACAAAGUUAUGGCAGACUGUGGAGACUCCGCAACGACAGCUCCUCCUACUUAGCCGUCAUCUCCGCCUCUCCUCACUGCUCAUCCAUUUUCUGAGACCACUGAACGAAGAGCUCUGAAGACACAAAGCACAGCAUGCCUUUCGAUUCCAUUCCAAGCAAAGCUACGCUGAAUAUUAAGCCAUUCAAGGCUCAUGUUUCAGACGAAGACCUCAAUGACUUCAAGCAAUUGUUGAAGCUGUCCAAGAUUGGACCAAAAACCUACGAGAACCAGGUCGCGAACGUCAAAGACUACCUCCACUUCGGUAUCACACACAAAUGGCUGAGCGAGGCUAAGCAGCGAUGGGAGAAUGGUUACGACUGGCGCAAGACAGAAGCCCGCAUCAACUCCUUCCCUAACUUCGUCACCGAGGUCGAAGACCGCGGCUUCACAUACAACAUCCAAUUUCUCGCCCUCUUUUCGAAGAAUCCAGAUGCAGUCCCUCUUCUCGUCUUCCACGGCUGGCCAGGUAGCAUCCUAGAAUUCAUCGACACCCUCGACCUCCUCCGCAAGAAAUACAGCGAAGAUGACCUUCCCUUCCACAUCAUCACCCCAUCCCUCCCAGGCUACGGCUACACCAACGGCCCACCUCUCGACCGCAAUACCACAACCGAAGAUAUUGCCGCAGUUCUCGACAGAUUCAUGAUCGGGCUCGGCUUCGGAGACGGCUACAUCGCCCAAGGAGGUGACAUCGGGUCCUUCCUCACCCGCAUCAUAGCCGUCACGUCCCCAGCCUGCAAAGCCGCCCAUCUCCACCUCUGCAUCGGCCAAACCGGCGACGAAUCCGGUCUUUCGGCCAAAGAAAAGAAAGGCGUAGAACGAUGCAACGAAUUCGCAACUCUCGGAAACGCAUAUGCUCGUCACCACGGUACUCGUCCCGCUACAAUCGGUCUCGUCCUAUCCGCCUCCCCAAUUUCCUUGCUCGCAUGGAUCGGGGAAAAAUUCCAGCAAUGGUCCGAUGAAACUCCUCCUAUGGAUCAGAUGCUCGACGGUGCGACGUUAUAUUGGUUCACACAAUCUUUCCCUCGAGCCAUUUUCCCUUAUCGACAGUUUUUCGGUGCGAAUCCUACUUUCUUCCAUAAUGAUCCGGCUUGGUAUAUCAAGAAGCCUCUGGGGUAUUCUUGGCAUCCGGAGGAGUUGGCUCCGGUUCCUAAGGCUUGGGUGAAGGAGACGGGGAAUUUGGUUUGGUAUAAGGAGCAUGAUUCUGGGGGGCAUUUUGCUGCUAUGGAGAAACCUGAAUUGUUCGUUUCCGACAUGGAGAGUUUUAUAGCUGAGGUUUGGCCGAAGGCGAAGUCAGGGUAAUUUUGACUCGUUCGUUACUUACGACUUAUGAUGGAAUGGGAGACUGAUGGAGCUCUGUUCUCUUGGUAGGCGAAUGGAUCAGGAUGUAAAGUUGUGAUGGUCGACGAUGGUGGACAGGACUUUCGCUGUAUGUACGUGUACGUUAUAUGAAAGCAACAUGAAAGCAGUUUUAGGACCUUC